CUCAGCUGGCUUCGUCACGCAGCGGCGUCAGUUCAGAGUCGCACAAUUAUGAAAAGGCAACCUUCCGCUGGAGCUGCAGCUAGGGCAGAUUUCACCAGCGACAACUGGACUUUCCUUCCAAGGCUAACAGAAAAGAACACCGCCGAUAGAUGGAUAACGACAUCGGAGAAGCUCUUCCUGAGUCUCAACGGUGAAAAGAAUGUCCCAGAAAUCCUGGAUAGAAAGCACUUUCACCAAGAGGGAAUGUGUCCACAUACUUCCAGUGUCGAAAGACCCCCACAGAUGCCUUCCAGGAUGUCAGAUCUGUCAGCAGUUGGUGAGAUGCUGCUGUGGUCGGCUGGUACGGCAGCAUGCUGGGUUUACAGCCAGCCUGGCCAUGAAGUAUUCAGACGUGAACUUGGGUGGGGGGGCAGAGGGUGGGGUGCAGCCGGAGUUGGAGGAGUGGGCUGUGGACAAACACACACAGGAGAGCCCUACAGACGCUUACGGCAUCGUUAACUUCCAGGGAGGGUCGCACUCUUACAGAGCCAAGUAUGUGCGUCUGUCCCAUGACAGCAGGCCAGAGAGCAUCCUGAGGCUGAUGCUGAAUGAGUGGCAGAUGGAGCUUCCUAAGAUCCUCAUCUCUGUCCACGGAGGCAUCCAGAACUUUGACCUGCACCCCCGAAUCAAACAGGUGGUGGGAAAGGGCCUGAUCAAAGCUGCUGUCACCACUGGGGCAUGGAUCCUGACAGGAGGGGUUAACACAGGUGUUGCCAAACAUGUGGGUGAUGCGUUGAAGGAACACUGUUCUAGAUCGUCGAGGAAGAUCUGUACAAUUGGAGUCGCUCCCUGGGGCGUCAUUGAGAACCGCAAUGACCUCAUCGGGAGAGACGUUGUAGCCCCAUACCAGACGUUGCUGAACCCCCUGUCCAAGCUCAACGUGUUGAACAACCUCCACUCCCACUUCCUGCUGGUGGAUGAUGGGACGGUGGGGAAGUACGGAGCUGAGGUCCAACUGCGCCGCGAGCUGGAAAAACACAUCAAACUGCAGAGGAUACACGCACGAAUUGGUCAGGGUGUUCCUGUGGUAGCGUUGAUAUUUGAGGGGGGUCCCAACGUAAUUCUGACGGUGUUGGAGUACCUUCAGGAGACUCCCCCUGUUCCUGUGGUGGUCUGUGAGGGGACUGGGCGUGCUGCUGACAUACUGGCCUAUGUCCACAAACAGACUGAGGAGGGGGGGGGUCUACCUGACGGUGUGGAGACAGAAAUCAUCGCUACGAUCAAAAAGACGUUCAACUUCAGCCACAGCGAUGCUAUGCACCUCUUCCAGACCCUUAUGGAAUGUAUGAAGAGCAAAGAACUGAUCACUGUGUUUCAUAUCGGCUCUGAGGACCACCAGGAUAUCGAUGUGGCCAUACUGAGGGCAUUACUGAAAGGCACCAAUGAGUCUGCGUUUGACCAGCUGGUUCUGACUCUGGCCUGGGACCGGGUGGACAUCGCCAAGAACCAUGUGUUUGUCUACGGACAGCAGCUACUGGUGGGUUCGUUGGAGCAGGCCAUGCUGGAUGCCUUAGUGAUGGACCGUGUGGAGUUUGUGAAGCUCCUGAUUGAGAAUGGAGUUAGCAUGCACAGGUUCCUUACCAUCACACGGCUGGAGGAGCUAUACAACACGAAACAGUCCCCUACCAAUCCCACGCUCUUCAACCUCGUAAGGGAUGUCAAACAGGGUAAUCUCCCCCCUAACUACAAGAUGACCUUAAUUGACAUUGGCCUGGUGAUAGAGUACCUGAUGGGCGGGACUUACAGGUGCAACUACACCAGGAAACGCUUCAGGAUCAUCUACAACAAUCUCCAUGGCAACAGCAGGAGGUCAGGUCGCCACUCUGCAGGGCCUGGGUCCCACCUGAGGAAGAGUCAAGAGUCGUUCAGUAUCCAGGCCGACAAGAAGGAGAAGACCAGGCACAACCACUUCAUCAAGACUGCACAGCCAUACAAACCCAAGUUGGAGUCGGCGACAGACCAGUCCAAGAAAAAAGCCAAGGAGGAGAUAGUUGACAUCGAUGACCCGGAGACACGCAGGUUCCCGUACCCGUUCAAUGAGCUGCUGAUGUGGGCCGUCCUGAUGAAUAGGCAGAAGAUGUCUCUGUUCUUCUGGCAGCAUGGGGAGGAAAGCAUGGCCAAGGCCCUGGUGGCCUGUAAACUCUGUCGCUCCAUGGGCUAUGAGGCCAAGAAGAGUGACGUGGUCGACGACACCUCCCAGGAACUCAAGGACUACUCCAAUGAAUUUGGCACCCUAGCAGUGGACCUCCUGGAGCAGUCAUUCAGACAGGAUGAAACCAUGGCGAUGAAACUGCUGACCUACGAACUGAAGAACUGGAGUAACAGCACCUGUCUGAAGCUGGCCGUGUCGUCGCGGUUACGACCCUUCGUGGCUCACACCUGUACCCAGCUGCUGCUGUCAGACAUGUGGAUGGGACGACUCAACAUGAGGAAGAACUCCUGGUACAAGGUGAUCCUCAGUAUCCUGGUGCCGCCUGCAAUCCUCCUGUUGGAGUACAAGACAAAGGCAGAGAUGUCCCACAUCCCUCAGAGUCAGGACGCCCAUCAGAUGACCAUGGAGGACAGCGAACACAACUUCCAUAACACCACCGACAACAUACAGAUGGAUGUGUUCCAGGAGGCGAAGGCGGAUGACAAUGUGGAGGUGAAGGAUGAGGCGGAGACACAGGUCCGCUCCCGAAGACUUCCUCUAACCAGGAAGUUCUACGCCUUCUACCACGCCCCCAUCGUCAAAUUCUGGUUCAACACGCUGGCGUACCUGGGUUUUCUGAUGCUUUACUCGUUUGUCGUUCUGGUCCGGAUGCCUGAGUUUCCGUCUCCUCAAGAGUGGGUGGUCAUCCUCUACAUAUUUACCUCCGCCAUCGAGAAGAUACGAGAGAUGUUUAUGUCUGAAGCUGGGAAGAUUAGCCAGAAGGUUAAAGUCUGGUUCAGUGACUAUUUUAACCUCUCAGACUUCCUGGCUAUUGUCACCUUCUUUGUGGGCUUUGGAUUGAGGAUCGGAGGAGAGGAUGUGCUUGUCCCAGGCCGUACUGUGUAUUGCUUGAAUAUCAUCUUCUGGUACGUGAGACUCCUAGAUAUUCUGGCAGUCAACCAGCAAGCAGGACCAUAUGUGAUGAUGAUCGGUAAAAUGGUGGCCAAUAUGUUUUAUAUUGUGGUGAUCAUGGCGGUGGUGUUGUUGAGUUAUGGCGUGCCGCGGAAAGCCAUCCUGUACCCAAAUGAGGAGCCCAGUUGGACGCUGCUCAAAGAUGUGGUCUUCCAGCCGUACUGGAUGAUGUACGGGGAAGUGUAUGCGUAUGAAAUUGACGUGUGUGCCAAUAAUAGUGAUACGAAUGUGAAAUCCCUGUGCUCCACUUCAGUGUGGAUCACUCCUUUCCUACAAGCAGUCUACCUCUUUGUCCAAUACAUAUUGAUAGUUAACCUUCUCAUCGCCUUCUUCAAUAAUGUGUACCUCCAAGUGAUGUCAAUCAGUAAUCUGGUAUGGAAGUACCAGAGGUAUCAUUUCGUCAUGGCCUAUCAUGAGAAGCCAGUCCUCCCUCCUCCCCUCAUCCUCCUCUCCCACCUCGUCUCUUUCUGCUCCUGCAUCUGUCACAAGAGGAAGAAGGACAGUCACUCUUACGGACCAAAGCUGUUUCUAACGGAGGAGGAUCAGAAGAAGCUCCAUGACUUUGAGGAGCAGUGUGUGGAGACGUACUUCCAUGAGAAAAACGACCAGUUCCACUCAGGGAGCGAUGAGCGCAUCCGCCUCACCUCAGACAGGGUUGAGACCAUGUGUAUCCAGCUGAAGGAGGUCGGUAACAGAGUGAACUUCAUCAAGCGUUCCCUCCACACGCUGGACUCUCAGAUCGGCCACCUUCAGGACCUGUCAGCUCUGACCGUGGACACCCUGAAGACUCUGACCGCCCAGAGGGCCUCUGAAGCCAGCAAGGUCCAUAACCAGAUCACCAGGGAGCUCAGUCUGUCCAAAAACUUUGCCCCCAGCCUGGCCCCCACCCCCCAGGACCCUACCCCCCAAUCCAAGGGGGUCAAACGUAGCGUGGGCGCCUACUUUGGUUCCUCCUUCCCCCAGGUGUCCGGGGUGGUGGUGGGGGGCAACAUGGCUGAUUCUCUGUUUGGGAGUGGGGUGGACCCAAACCCGCCACUGACGCUCAGUCCCCCAGAGAGGAGAGGAGACUGGGCUGGGCUGGGGCACCAAGCCACUACUGCUAUAGAGGCUGGAUCCUCCACGGGUGGCAGUGCCAGUCACAGUGCCUUCUCCCUCUGCCCAGCUCCGGCGCCCCCUACUGUCAGUCCUCCAGAGCUGCGGCUACGCGGCCAUUCCUUCACCCAGUGGCAGCUGACCCGUCCAGUGCAGGUGGGCAUCUCCGACUGCCCCUCCAGCCUGCCCAGCGUGCCCUCUGCUAGGGCUGCUUUCUACGUCAGCUCUACCCCCUCCCAGCCCUCUGUCUCCAGCCACCCAGAACUCAGCCUGGCUGGGCCAGACAAAGACAGAACCUCUGCUUCCACCUCUGCCUUUGCUGUAGAGUUUGGUGCGUUUGUUGGUCAUAAAGACAACCUGCACCUGGACCUGCAGCGCUCCUUCCCCAGAGACAUCUCCUCCAGACAGCUCAGCCCAGCCACGCAGCCCAGGGAACAGGGUCAUCCUGAAGGUCAAGGUAAUAUGAGGACGGUCAACUCAUAUGCUGGCUUCACUGAGUUUGACCGGAGUCCCUCCUUCCUCCAUCCAGACUCCUCUCUUACUAAGCGAGAGAGGACUGUACCACUGACUGACUGUGACUGUACCCACUGACUGACUGCUGUCAGACUGACUGAAGACAUCCUCAUCCACGAAGACCCCAGAGCUGCACUACUACUGGAGAGGGCUCAGGUCAAGACAGCUCAGGCCAGCAGUCUCAGGGCACCAGGGGAGGACUCAGCUGCAUCAUGUCUCUACAGACACGCCCACCUGGGGAGCAGGAAGGAUUCAAUUGGUUCCCCUUUCAAGCCAAUGGAAAGCUACCAAUACUCAGCUGUGGAGCGUAACAACCUGAUGAGGCUGUCUCAGAGUAUCCCCUUCACCCCAGUGCCCCCUAGAGGUGAGCCAGUAACAGUGUAUCGUCUGGAGGAGAGUUCUCCCAACACCAUCAACAACAGCAUGUCCUCCUGGGCUCACAAAGGUCUCUGUGCCAAGAUAGAGUUCCUCAGUAAGGAGGAGAUGGGAGGGGGGCUGCGACGUGCACUCAAGGUGCUGUGUACGUGGUCAGAGUAUGACAUUCUGAAGCCAGGUCACCUGUAUAUCGUUAAGUCCUUCCUACCAGAGGUGGUCCAGACCUGGCAGAGCAUCUACAAGGAGGACACUGUACUGCUGCUCUGUCUCAGGGAAAUUCAACAGCAGAGAGCUGCUCAGAAACUGACAUUUGCCUUCAACCAAAUGAGGCCCAAGACAAUCCCUUACUCUCCCAGGUUUCUGGAGGUGUUGUUGUACUGUCACUCAGCAGGCCAAUGGUUCGCUAUAGAGGAGUGUAUUACUGGAGAGUUCAGGAAGUUUAACAAUAACAAUGGGGACGAGAUUGUCCCAACGAACCUUCUGGAGGAGACCAUGCUGGCCUUCAGCCACUGGACAUACGAGUACACCCGGGGAGAGCUGUUAGUGCUGGACCUACAAGGAGUGGGGGAGAUUCUGACUGAUCCGUCUGUCAUAAAGAGUGGAGAGAAGGGGUCAUAUGACAUGAUAUUUGGUCCUGCCAACCUGGGAGACGACGCCAUCAGAAACUUCCGGGCCAAACACCACUGCAACUCUUGCUGCAGGAAACUCAAACUUCCCGAUCUGAAGCGGAACGAGUACACGCCGGACAAACUGAUGCUGCCUCAGGACGAAUCACACGACCCCGGAAGCGGGACCCGCCAUUCAAUGAGGCUCAUGCUCUGAUCCUGUAGGACACAGCCAGAGAGAAGAGGCCGGUGCUGUUAUUCUAUUGGCCAAUGCCAGAGAGGACAAAGGAAAAACUAGUGUGCACACCUCAUGGCUAGAAGGGAUCCAGUUUUUGUCAAAUUAGCAUCAGAUUUGACUUUUGGUAGCAGGUUGGGAGGACUUAAUGCAGCAGGUUAGGAGAAUUAUGUUAAUGUUUGGAAAAUAUUUAGGGUUAGCAACAAAAAAAUAUAUAUACUUUUUACAUUAAUUUGACAAAAGCUGGACAAGGUGGGUCUAGCCAUGACCCAUCUCAUCCAAUCAACUGGAGGAGCCACGCCUGUGUUUCCAUGGAGACCCAUGUAUGCAUGCAGAACUGUGUUACUUUUGUAUCUGUCCAACCAAUGCCAAUCAGCAACCAACAUGAUUAUUCAAAAAAAUGUGUAAAUGUGGAACAACUUUUUAAAGAUGUUUUUUUACUACAAGUUUAUAUGUUGAGUGUGUGUGUGUGUGUGUGUGUGUGCGUGCGUGCGUGUAUAUAUAUAUAUAAAUGGCUAUCAACAGGUACAAUAUCAUUGCAUAAAGAGACAGUACUUAUUCUGAACUAUGAAAAGUUGCCUUGUAUAAACUAAAGUGCGUUGUCUGUCUGUAGUGCAGGACUGUAAGGGUCAACCUGCUGAGAUACAAUUUAUACAGAAUGUCACCAGAUACUUUUUUAUAAAUGUAAAAUACAUGUAUUAUUAUGGAAUUAGUGGUUCAUAUUUAAUAAGAAGACACAUGAAUUUGAAAAUCUUGUAAAAUAUGGGCAGAUUGCAAUGCAACUUUUACAGUACAUAUAUGUACUAAUUGUGUUGAACUCUUCUGAAAUGUGUCCACUGAUUAUUUCUGAUAGUUUUUAAGUGUUACAAUGCUGGUACUAUUAUUAUUUCUUUGUCAUCACGCAAAUACCAAUCUAGUGUAUCUUAUAGAUACUUAUAUCUGCUACUGAGCAGAAGCAGAUGCUGUUUUAUACAGGGGCGUGUAAGGGUCUAUUACUCUAUACAUGUUCUACUGUAUAACAUUUUAAACUAAUAAAAUGACACAUGUCCCAUUCCUUGUACAGUAUGAUGCUGAUACUGUCUGGUGGGGAUGAGGCCCCCACAUUCUUCAGUAAGACUGCAGCUGCUGGCAGACAGACGCCCACAGAGAGAAACACUCUCACACACACCUGUUGAUGAGCCUGCUGAUAAAGAACCCAGUAGCCAACAGUUAUUCAUCAGUUACUCGUCUGUAACCCGACACCUUUACCCAACAGUUAGGUCUGGAUGGGAACUCUGCAUAUUUCAUCCUUUUCACAAACCUCAUCUCCACCUACAUCUUUAGCAGUUUGGGAACAUCGAUCAACAGUGAUGAAACUCUUCUUGGUGUUGUCACAAAGAAAGUCCAAUGGAAAUCAACAUUGUGUAAAAUAAGAGUAUUGUAAUGAAACAGCAGGGAGCAGGCCUUGACCCCUCGACCUUCUAGCCCGAGGUCCGGCGCGCUAUCGACUGUAAAGCAUGCUCGUGCGGCAGAGUCGAUUUCCGCGCUUAUAAACCCAGGGUCGUUACAGUAUGGACAGUAAUAUGUCCAUUUUACAUCCUCAGAGCUGUCAAAUCCACCAGUGGCUCCUGGCAUUAUACCUGAACUGGACAUUGCCUUGGCUGCACGGAGUUAAGGUCCAACACUGGAAUCUCGAUUAGGAUACAACUCUUAUUUUCAUUUAAUGAUUUUUACAUUUGAACGUAGUUCUUUCUAUACAGCCUACAUUUUCGCGCUCUGAACUUCUAAAGCGAAUGGGGGCAGGUGUGGCUUCAUGAAGAUGCCAGAGCAGCUGCUCGCCGAUAUAACAGCUCCAAACGCAGUUUCACCACCAAGUCAUCCACUAUGCAGUUGUCUGCUAUCGCUGGUUAAUCCUCUGAUUGAAUCUCGGCCGCAGUAGUAGUAAUAAAUUAGCAGUAGUAGUUAUUAGUGAUAGUAGGCUUCCAUAUGUUUGUUGUUUUUAUGUCUUUUGAAUUUGUAGUUCGCAAAUUUCUGUGAAAAUAGACAAAAUGCUUUUUGAUCUUCGGCCAAUAGAGAGAGCAGAGUACAGUAUAUUGAAAGUCUGUUGGUCGAAUAGUAGAUUAUUUUAACCACUUCCUGUCGAGGCUUGAUAAACCAGUCUACUUGUUACCUGGAAGGGCGUGGUUAUAUGGGUGGCAGUGAAUCUGCCGUUUACUCACCUUGUUCGUAACAGUGCUCACCUGCUCUCACUUUGUCUCUUUCCCAUUGCUCUCACACACAAAAACACGUCCCAGAGAGGAGAAACUACCAAGAGAGAAGAAUCAUGUCUGUGGAAGUCCACAUAGAAUAUUGUAGUGGAUGAGGGUACGAGUCUCGCUAUCAGGACCUUGCAUCUGCCAUCAAGCGGAACGUUCCUGAUGUGACGGUGACGGGAACCACGGGGCGGCGCUCCAGUUUCGAGGUAACAGUGAAUGGUAAACUGGCCUACUCUAAACUGGAGGCAGGAGGAUUCCCAGACACCAAGGAGAUGGUGGCGAUGGUGAAGGAGGUGAGUCGUGGAGGAAAGGUCGAGAAAGUGAAGAAGAAGGAUAAUAAGUGUUUUCUCCAAUAGAUGAGUGGUUAUUGAGAGGAGAGUGUUUUUUUAAGAUCCUGGGUCCUGAUCUGAUUCUAUUAAUGAUUGUUCACAAUGAAACUAGGGAUGUGAACAUGAUGAAGUCUACAGUCAUUUCAACUCUGUGAUCUGAGGGAAAUACUCUCAUCCUGUGUCUCUGUGUUAUACUGUCAUGUCUUAUGUUAUUCCUUGUCUGUUUUUCUUUCCUUAUACAGACCAAGAUAUGACUAGCAUUUAGUUUUACAUUCUAGAAAUAUUGUACUCGAUGAAGACCUCUGCAGUUGUAUAGGCUGUACGUGUAUUUUUAAAUAAAUUCUAGGAAUCAAUUAGUAUUGAGUUUGUGUGUUGGGAGGGUGCUGUUGGACAUUUACAAUAAUGCUGUUGGACAUGUACAAUAAUGCUGUUGGACAUUUA